GUAGUGGGCGGGCCUGGGGCGGAGGCGGAAGUCCUCCCCCGCACCGGUCAGGGCUCUGUAGUAUGGCGCUGGCGGUCGUGUCGUCCGCUCUCCGCGCGGGCUGGAGGGCUUGCGGGCGGCCAGGACGCCCGGCCUGCGGGCUCCGCUGGCAGAGCCAGACCCAGGAGCCGCCUGCUUACCCUGGAGUCGUGGAGUCCACGGCAGAGUAUGAAUUUGUGGAGCGCCUCAUCCCCCCUGCCAGCAUCCCAGACCCCCCCAGACACCAGAGUUACCCCACGCCGAGCGGCUGGCAGCCUCCCAGAGACCCACGGCCCAACCUCCCCUACUUCAUUCGUCGUUCCCGGAUGCACAAUGUCCCUGUCUACACUGAGCUCACCCAUGGCAACCGUCAGAUGACUCUGAUCCGGAAGGUGGAGGGGGAUAUCUGGGCCCUGCAGAAAGAUGUGGAAGCGUUCUUGGCCUCACUGUUGGGGAAGGCGCCUGUGACACAGGUCAACGAGGUGACCAGGACCCUGCGGAUCAAGGGUUACUUUGACCAGCAGCUAAAGGCCUGGCUCCUGGAGAAGGGCUUCUGAGGACGGACCAGCUCAACCCGUGGGCUGGCCCCUGUCCCAGGGGUGGCACCGAGGCAGACCCCUCCAGUUCAGCCCCAGCAGUGGCUGCUGCUCCCCCUUGGGGGCUGGGGCUUUCUGGACUCUAGACAAGUAUCUUCUCAAAGCGAACUCACUCCCCCCCCCUCAGGAAUCUUUAUGGGAAAUUUCUGGGAAAUGAAAAACAUUCAUCCCCUGGCUUGGCAGAGGCCCCAGCCAAGGUGGUGACUUAGGAAGAGGAGGCAGGCACAGCGCAAAGAAGACAUGUCACUAAUUCCCAGGGGGAGGGGUACCACGGCACAACCUGGCACCAACUUUAAUGCAAGUUUUUAUCUUGGCCGUAUAUACAAUUGAAGCUAUUAAAAUUUGUACAAUAUUUACAAAUUAAA